CCUGGAAUAUAAUAGCAGCGUUUUAGCAUUUAUAACCUUUAAAAAUGUUUCAGCAUUUUUAACAUUUUGCUGAGAGCAGCAGCAGCAAUAUUUAUGCUAAAGGCCACACGAUGGCAGCAGUAGACAGACAGAGCGCUCGCAAACUCGCCCGGUUUCCCGGCUCAUUCUCCUGUAAACCUCCUGCUCCUGUUUCAGCAAACGUACCAACUGAAACCAGGCUUCAGUGAUGCCAAUCUUUCUGUCUCUUUCAUCAAGUAGGUGGUCAAAUCGCUUUGUAAAUCGCGUUAAGUAUUUUGUUUUACCUUUUUAAUGGCAUUAUUAUAUUGUCCUUAUUUCUUGCCGUUGCUGCUGUACAGCAGGAACACUCACUGUUGUCCGGUGAUUGUUCCCUCCAUAUUCUCAUGGCGGAGAUCAAAAUUAUUUACCAUAUAGACGAGGAGGAAACUCCUUACUUGGUGAAAUUGUCUAUCACUCCGGAUGAGGUCACUUUGGCCGAUUUUAAAAAUGUUCUCAGCAAUCGUCCGGUCAGCAACUACAAAUUCUUCUUCAAAUCUAUGGAUCAAGAUUUUGGGGUUGUUAAAGAAGAAAUCUCAGACAACAAUGCCAAACUGCCUUGCUUCAAUGGGAGAGUGGUGUCAUGGCUUGUACUGGCUGAAAGCUCUCACACUGAUGGGAUGUCAGUGUGUACAGACGGCCACACUGACCUUCCUCCAUCCCUAGAGAGAACAAGGGGCAUUGGAGACUCCAGACCCCCCUCAUUCCAUGCAAAAACAGUAAGCAGUAGGGAUGACCCUGACAUGGAGAUGAGUGAGUCCCUUCUCAGCCACCAUAGAGAGAGGGAGCAAGAGAGAGCCAGAUGGAGAAAAGAAGAAUUCCCAUGUAUGAACGGUCAUUCCAAACUUGAAGGGGUUGUGAGAGACACAGCUAUUGUGUGUGACAACACCUCCAUGAUGAGCAGCGAGUUGGAGCCCAGCUCCUUUAUUGACAGUGAGGAGGAUGAGAACGCCAGCAGACUGAGCAGUGCCACAGAGCAACACUCCUCUUCACAUUUAAUGAGAAGGCACAAGCGCAGACGCAGGCGACACAAAGUUCCCAGGAUUGACAGAUCGCCCUCAUUCAGCAGCAUCACAGAUUCAAUUGUGAGCCUCAACAUUAUCACAGUUACACUCAAUAUGGAGAAGUAUAACUUCCUAGGCAUCAGCAUCAUGGGGCAGUGUAAUGACCGUGGUGAUGGAGGCAUCUAUAUCGGCUCCAUCAUGAAAGGAGGAGCAGUGGCAGCAGAUGGAAGAAUAGAACCCGGAGAUAUGCUACUGCAGGUGAAUGAUGUAAACUUUGAGAAUAUGACCAAUGAUGAUGCAGUGAGAAUCCUCAGGGAGAUUGUCUCCAAGUCUGGCCCAAUUAGCCUCACUGUUGCCAAGUGCUGGGACCCUUCCCCUCGCAGCUACUUCACCAUACCCAGAGCUGAACCUGUACGACCAAUUGAUCCUGCAGCCUGGAUAUCUCAUACUACUGCACUUACAGGAACAUACCCUCAGUACGGAUUUGAUGAUCUCCCACUAAUGGCUGGGAAAACAGAAAUGGCCACCCUUGUGAAGGUGAUGCAGCUCUCGGACUCAGGCCUAGAAAUAAGGGACAGGAUGUGGCUAAAAAUUACCAUUGCCAAUGCUGUUAUAGGUGCUGAUGUUGUGGAUUGGUUGUACUCACGGGUGGAGGGCUUUAAAGAUAGACGUGAUGCCAGGAAAUACGCCAGCAACAUGCUGAAGCAUGGCUACCUAAGACACACUGUCAACAAGAUCACUUUUUCAGAGCAGUGUUACUACACGUUUGGAGACCUUUGCCAAAACAUGGCCUCCCUGAAUCUCAAUGAAAGUUCGAUUGGUGGUGGUGGUGGUGGUGGUGGUGGUUCAGAGCAGGACUCUCUGGCUCUUCUUCCUCUUUCCACAAACCCAUGCCCAAUGGGAGGUCAGCUGUUCCCAUAUCCACCAUUUUCUUCAGUGCUCUGUGGCUUUCCCCCAGUAUACUCUGAGCCAAGCAACAGUUUUCACAGUGGCAGUGGCAGCAGUCAGCACAGCGAGGGCAGUAGUUCUAACCCUGAGAGAAGCAGGCACCCAACACUUCAGGAAAAAGACUGCAAGUCAAUGGGCAGCGAAUCCGAAAAAGGGACUCAAGGUGUAGGUAGGUGGGGAGACCGCUCAGGCAGUCACUUGAGUCACCACAGCCACACGUUCUCCAAACAAAGCCACACCCACUCUCACCGAAGCCAUGCACCCUCCCAACACAGCCAUGCUUCUUUUUCUUACAGUCAUGCCUCCUCUUCCAGGCAAAGUCAUGACCCAUCAUAUGGACCCCCAGGCCUGCCUCCUCCCUACAGUCUAGGCAGAUUUAUUCCCAAAGGGGCUCUUAACAGUGGGCCCCCAGGUGCCCCACCUCUCUCAGAACUUGCUGUUUUCCCACUAGAGCUCAUGGCUAGUCAUGAGUCCUUCCAGCAUGCUAUGGGAAACCCCUGUGAAUUUUUCAGUGACAUCAUGUGACACAUUAUGUCAGUGAAACAUUUUUACUUCAUAUGUUUGCUGUUCUCAUUCAGCGGGACCUACUUUCUACCUGGGCAGCAAAUGUUGCUCAAAUUUCUCUACUGUACAGGAUUUAUAGAGGAUUUAUUAUAUUAAGAGUUGUAUUGCAUAUUUAUGGGAUAAUCACAUAUAAUAAGCAGGGAAAACAAAGUCCAAACUAAAGUGUUAGGACCAAUGAUUAUAUAUAUGAGUGGACAAAAUAGCACUAUACACUCUCAUUGUGUGUUUUUGAAGUCUUUUUGGGUUCAAAAUGGGAGUCUUGAUAUUACAGAAAUUGGAGCUAGAGUUUGUGUGAUAGAGACUUGGAGCUGGACAGCAGUGCGUCCGCCUUUCACUCUGCCCAUACAAUUUUAUGUGCAUGUUCACUAUAAUUUAUUGGAAAUAUAUGGUUCUUCAGCUCACUUAAAGAAUAUAUAUGGUUAUUUAUUUUAACAUUGUCAGGAGAAGACUUCAGAGCUUUGAGUCUGGCUUAGGUUUUGCUAGUGAGCUGACAAUAUCCAUCAUUUUAAUCAAAAUAAUAUAAGUAACAAAUGUAAGGUACCAACUGAAAAUAGCAGUCAACAUUUACACUCAAGACAAAGUACUUUUUGAAAAAAAAAAAAAACAAAAACAAAAACCUCUGUUCACCAUGAUUUUCAUCUAGCUCUGACACCUGCAAUAAGUUACGUGUUCUUGUAUGCUCUGCUUCUUCUGCAGUUUGUUUUAAAAGGAGAGACUGGCUAACAUUACCAAGAUAUUUCAAGUGUUAUACAGAUCAUACAGGCAAUAAAUUAUUAUGAAACUGAGCUAGUGUUAGCUGCUUUGGGAUAUGCCAUCACUUCAUCAACUCACAUUGAUUUGUUAGUUAUAAUAUCAACGAGAUAGUUUAGACAUCAAAAUGAGCAACAUUCUGGAAAACUCCAAAGAACUCCCAAAGAACUGAGUGUCUGUUAGAACAGUUUACAGCAGAACAAUACAUGGCUCAUAGAGGGCCUCAGAGACAUUUCAGCUUCACUUUUGACUCCCUGUCACAAUGUCCACUCAUAUAUACUGUCAUAGGAAGAAGAAAGUACACAGCAGAGGGUGAUCUUAUUGUCUUCUAGUCUGUCAAUGUGACUGCAGCUGCAAUAUGCUGCCCUAGGAGACAUUACUGAUAGAAACAAAAGCACAUACAAGUUGGUUUGAUAUCUAUUCAAAAAUUAACAAUAUGUCUGACAUUCAGAAUUAGUAGGUUAAUUUGUA